UUUUUUUAAUUAAGAGCUUUUGAGAAACCACUUAUCUCUUAUUUUAAUUUGUCGCCUCCCUACUCUACUCAUCUCUUUGCGCUCGAGUUCCCUGGAUCAAGCUCCCGAUCUCUCAUCGCUCGAUCUGUCUCACAAGCUUUCGAUCUCUCAUCUCUCGAUCUGUCUCACAAGCUCUCGAUCUCUCAUCUCUCAAGCUCUCGAUUUAAGAGUUGCUCGAAUUCCACACUUGACAAUGAGAUAGACAAUGGAGGCACUAAUUGCAUCGUACGGAGGCACUUCUGAUUCAGAAACAAAUGUUGUAUCGCCGAUUGCUGCCUCUGAACACGAUCAAUCACUACCUGUACCCGCUCUCCCUUCACCGCCUAUCGAACUUCUCAACCCUCCCAAUUCACUCGGAACAUUUGAUUACUUGGAACGCAAUACGGCUAGUAGAAUUCGCAGCUUCCCUCACAUCAAAGGCAAUUAUGCUUUGCAUGUUUACAUCCCAGUCUUUAUACCAUCCGGAAGAAAGGAGGAGUUGGCUCAUUUUAUGAAGAAAGUCACAUCAAUUAUACCAGGUCUUCAUGUUGUGGAUAUUGAUGUUCCAUUACUUAUGCUGCUAAAAGAUGAGAAGUUAGUACAAGCUGCGUUAGGGAGGGAAUUUCACAUAAGUCUUGGAAGAACUGUUCCUAUACGUGUGCAUCAAAUAGACUCGGUGGUCACAAUGCUUCGACAGAAGCUUCAGCUUCAGAACCCUUAUUUGAUUGAUUUUAACAAGUGGGAGGUUUUUGUGAACGAUGAUCGGACACGCACAUUUCUUUCGGUUGAAAAUACAUCAGGAGGCCUAGUUGAGGUAAGAAAACAGAUUCAAUCUGUUAAUGAGGUUUAUAAAUUGCACAAUCUUCCUGAAUUUUACAAGGAUCCUCGACCUCAUAUAUCCAUAGCCUGGGUGGCAAGUGACAUCAGUCAAUCUCUGAAGAGAGUGGUCGAAGCAGAAAAUGGGAAAUACAUCAAUGUUGGAGGAUCGUCAAAGAGAUGUAUGUUUACCUGCAAAUUCAGUAGCAUUGUGUGCAAAAUCGGCAAGAAGACCUAUAAUAUAUGUGGAUCUCAAGGACAAUGAACACUUAGUUUUCGAUGCACCCAGAACUGUGUAGAGUGUUUGGUGUAGUUUGUACUUGCCUUUAUCGAUUUAUUUUCCAUGUAACGUUAAUGUCUAUAUGAACAGUAUCAUAGAUUGAUCUCUUCUAUAGAUAGGAGGAGAGGUUACCAUUAUUGUUAUAAUCACAACUAAAGGCUUAAACAGAUAGUGUUGGGAAAUGGUUAUAACCAAUAACUAAAAAAGUUGGACGUAUCGGAAAAUA